AUGGCGACACAGUUCUCCUUACGAGUCUUGACCACGAGAGAGCUCCUCGGCGACAGCAUUCUAGAGCCAUUGCUUGUUAUGAUCAACGAGGUCUAUAAGCAUGAUGGGGACGAUGGAUUUCUGGAUCGCUUCUCGGGCGUCAAUGAUUUGACAGAAUCGCUUGGUGAAUUUGGUAUCUGUGCUGUCGUCCAAGAUAUGUGGAACAAGCAGCUUCCUAUUGCGAUGGUGGGAGCGAAACCCUGGCCGGAAAAGGCACACCCAACAGCAUUCGACUCACAACUUGGAUGUCUUCACUGGCAAAUAGGCCCUGCUGCAUCAGAAGUGAGCCCAGAGUAUCGCAGCAAGGGUUUUGUCGAACAAUGCCUCGCUGCAUUGCAGGACCGAUUACUCCAGAUGAGUAGUGGGAAUUCCAUCUCGUUAUGGGUGAGCGUCGCCAUUGAGCUAGAUCGCAAUAUUAGGUACUGGAAACGACGGGGGUUUGAACAAAUCGGAGACCCUCGCAUCGUUCCAAUAGGUCAGUGGCAUCUCAGUAAAUCCUUCAACCUCGUCGAUAUGAAGAAGGAGGUUGGACUGGAAGCCUGA